AAGUAAAAGACUAAUAUCUGUAAGAAAAUGGAAAUGAUGGCAUUGUUUUAAGAUGUUAGGGCAGUUUGUAGUGAGUGAUUAGCAUCUUCAGAGGAUUUUUCAGAGCCAAGUUUUAAUUAAAAUAUAUGACAAUCUGAAGUAAUUAACUUCAAGUGAUAGUAAUACAAAGUGAAUAAGAGAGACCUGUUUCCAUAGUACCAUUUUAAUUGGUUAAGGCUGUGCAGCUGUGAGUGUUUUGGGCCUGUAUACAAUUUGAAACUGGAUACAUAAACACCUGUGAGUAACUGUGAGAUUGUACAUUGCUUGCAGUCUAAACCAGGCUUUUCCUCAGAAGGAAGCAGCAAAAUUGUUUCUAGAUGUGCUUGUCCACCAACCAACAGUUGUUUUGACCUUAUGGGUCACAUUCUUCUCUCUAGGUGCUCAGAAAUAGCUCUUUCCUUGUGUGCAUUCACAACUGCUUUUUUCUUACAAUUUUCUUCCUCCAUCUGUACAAACUGUAGUUGAAAGCAAACUUUGAUGCUUUGGGUAUAGAUGCUCCAACAGCUUUACAGGAACUGGUCUGUGGUGUGGUGUUUUUUUUCUGAUUGUGGAACAGUUCCUUAAAAGCAGAGUGCAUUUUUCAGAAAGACUCAGUGCUGGAAGUCUGAAAUAACAAUAGGACCACCAGGUUAGCAUCAUGCUUCUACCAGAAACCAUUGUUCUACAUUAAGAAGCUUUUUUACCAGUCACGAAAUCAAGAAAAAAAAAAAGCCAAUCACGCAUAGUUGUUCAGCUGCAUGAAUCAACGGCCUGCUUAAACUAACUGGGAUAAACAGCAAGGAGCAUCCAGAAUUAGUAUAUUUCUCCACUUGUUUUAAAUGAACAUAAGUUUUGUAGUGAGACAAACACGCUUGCCUUAGGGAAGAAAUGACAGAGCACGCAGCAAUGGACAACUUUAUGUUGCCAUGGCAACAGUGUGAAUUAAACCUGAAACACCCCAUCCCAAAUAUGAAUGGAGUGCCAAGCACUCCACCCACCUGUCGGCUGAUCUCUGCACUGUGGUUGAGCUGGUUACGAGCCAUGGUAACAGCACGGCUUUGUUUUGGCGUGUGUAAUAUUUCUGUUUGGGAUCUUGUGACAGCACAAGUUUGCAGCGACAGUGUCUUAACACUAAUUCCUGGAAGGUACCAAUCAUGAUUGUAAAACAAAGGACAUAAACAACACAUGAGCUUUAUUCACCUCUUCAUUUCCUUCAUAGCUUUGUGAGCCUGUCAAUCCGCAGAAAGCUUCACCUGCAGCUGGAAGAAGCAGCCUGUCCCAUUGCAAGAAUUCAGUCUAGUUCUGUUUUAAAAUAUUGGAGUCAGCACUUGCAAGACGCAUGGGAAAUCGGGAAAGGAUUACUCAUGAAUGGGAUCCAGAUGGUGAUGGCUAGUGGCUGAAGUUUCUGGGCAAAAUGCCAGGAUUAUUCAAGUUUUCAGAGAUACCCAGAGAAUAUCUACAGAUACACAGCCUAUCUGCAGAGAUUUGCUGACUUGUUUUGAGGACACCCAAGAUGAGAGAGGAGACCCAAGAGAAGGGACCCAAGAAGAGCCAGCAGAGACUUUGUGGACUUCCUUUGCUGAUGGCAGAGUCAGACUGAGAAUAGAUAACACAUGUCCGCAGACUCCCAUAACAGUUCAUCAGAUGUUCAAGGAGAGCCUAGAAAAAUACGGAUCUCUUAAUGCUUUGGCAAGCAGAAAGAAUGGAAAGUGGGAGAAGAUAACUUUUUCAGAGUAUUAUUGCUUUUCCAGGAAAGCAGCCAAGAGCUUCUUGAAGCUUGGUCUUGAACGAUUCCACAGCGUAGCAAUCCUUGGAUUUAAUUCUCCGGAAUGGUUCAUCUCAGCUGUUGGAGCUGUUUUUGCUGGAGGAAUUGUCACAGGAAUAUAUACAACCAAUUCACCAGAGGCCUGCCACUACAUUGCUUAUGAUAGCAAAACCAACAUCAUGGUUGUGGAAAAUCGGAAACAACUGGACAAGAUAAUGCAGAUCUGGAAUCGUUUGCCACACUUGAAAGCAGUUGUGCUGUACAAGGACUCCAUUCCAGAGAGAUGUCCAAAUCUGUAUACGAUGGAAGAGUUUCUGGACUUGGGAGAUGACAUAUCUGAUGCUACUUUGGAUGAUAUUAUUAACUCCCAAAAGCCGAAUCAAUGCUGUGUACUAAUAUAUACAUCCGGAACAACUGGGAAGCCAAAAGGAGCCAUGUUGAGUCAUGACAAUAUAACUUGGACAUCAGCACAUUGCAGCAGAGCAGGAGAUAUGCAACCUGCAGAGGUCCAACAAGAGUCCAUAGUCAGUUAUCUUCCACUCAGCCACAUAGCUGCACAGAUAUAUGACCUGUGGACUGGAAUCAAAUGGGGAGAACAAGUUUACUUUGCUGAGCCAGAUGCUCUCAAGGGCAGCUUGAUCAACACACUAAAAGAAGUGCGGCCAACAUCUCACAUGGGAGUUCCCAGAGUGUGGGAGAAAGUCAUGGAGAAGUUGAAGGAUGCUUCUGCUCAGUCAGGAUUUCUGAAGAGGAAAAUGCUGUCAUGGGCUAUGUCAGUUAGCUUAGAGAGAAACCUGAACUGCUCAAGCAGCAGUGACCUAAAGCAGUUUUGGACAAGGUUAGCAGACUACUUGGUGCUUGCUAAAAUACGCAACGCUCUGGGUUUUUCUUGCUGUCAGAAGCACUUUUGUGGUGCUGCUCCACUCAAUACAGAAACACUGUAUUUUUUCUUGGGUCUGAACAUCACCUUAUAUGAGGCCUAUGGAAUGAGUGAAACCACAGGCCCACAUUGCCUGUCUGGGCCAUAUAAUUACAGGCAGCACAGCUGUGGCAAACCAGUACCUGGCUGCAGAGUGAAAUUGGUGAAUGAAGACACAGAAGGCAAUGGAGAAAUCUGUUUCUGGGGAAGGACUGUUUUCAUGGGUUAUUUAAAUAUGGAAGACAAAACAAAAGAAGCGUUUGAUGAGGAUGGGUGGCUGCAUUCUGGAGAUUUAGGAAAACUAGAUGAGGAUGGCUUUCUCUAUGUCACUGGAAGAAUUAAAGAUUUGAUUAUUACAGCUGGAGGUGAAAAUGUGCCUCCAGUUCCAAUUGAAGAUGCUGUGAAAAAAGAACUCCCAAUUGUUAGUAAUGCCAUGGUGAUUGGAGACAAAAAGAAGUUUUUGUCCAUGUUGUUGACCCUAAAAAGCGUACUGGAUCCAGAUACAUCAGAUCCCACUGACCUCCUCACUGAGCAAGCUAGAGAAUUCUGCCAGAAGAGUGGUAGUAAAGCCACUAAAGUUUCAGAGAUAGUAGCUACAAGGGAUCAGGCAAUCUACCAGGCCAUUCAAGAGGGAAUCAACAAAGUCAACAUGAGUGCUACAAAUAGGGUUCAUUGUAUUCAAAAAUGGAUAGUUCUGCCAAGAGAUUUUUCCAUUUCUGGGGGAGAACUAGGUCCGACAAUGAAGUUAAAACGGCUCACUGUGCUUGAGAAAUACAGAAAAGAAGUAGACUCCUUCUAUCAAGAAUAAGAAGUCUUUCAUCCAACCAUUAAGGAAGACCUGUGAGCUAAAGAAAGUAUUUCCUAAUCAUAAGCAUUAAGGAAAAUUUGUUUUUGUUAUGUAGUCUAGUUUCACUAGAAAACUGCUCUAUUAAUUUAGUUAUUUCUGAUACUCACGUGAGAGUUUGUCCUGUUCGUAUAGCAGCAUCUACAGUGUGUCCUUUUUCUAAUAUAGCUUUUACUUUAUGUCCUGAAUGAACAAGAUUAAAGACACCUGCAUGUUAUGUAUGAAGUGGGUAUAACUAAUUAAUUCCUCUAGACUGAAACAGAAGGAAAAUCUUUAUGCAGUGAUUUACCUUUGUGUUGUUCUGUAGGAGGUUCGCUGUAGCUCAUGUUUUAUUUCAGUAGAUCAGUAGUUAGCAGUAGUGUUAAACAAAACUGUUAUACCAUUCCACUGAUAAAGAUGAUUAUUAAAAAAAAUAAGUCACAAGGCCUCUUUUCUUCUGUCCAAGGGAGAAGCAAAUUUUCACUAGCAUACCAUUUUGGAGCCUAACCAACACUCUUCUGAAGGGCUAGACUUCAGUGAGACUUCUCUGAAAGCAGGAGGUCAUCACUUUUUAAAUCCAUGUUGAAAUAAGCGUUAUUUCCCCUAAAAACAAGCACUCCAAGAAGUUGGGGGAAUAGCUUCCUAAGAGUGAAAGACAAACUAGGUAAUAUAAGAGCUCUCGCAUAAAAAUAAGUUUGUGUUCUAAAUCAUAGUUUAAAGAGUUCACAGGACUCUUUAAAGCAAAAAUAUUUAGAAGGAAAGUUUAUCUGUAUUGCAACAGUAUCAUUGUGUUUCAAUAUUAAUGUUGUACUAAUGCUUACAAAGGGGAACUGUAUUUCUUCUUCCCCUUAUAAAAUAUAAAUCACAUCACAUGAAGGGCUAAAGGGUCUGGUAGUGAGUAAUAUUUGGCAGAGUUAUAAUAGCGAACAACAACAGAGACUACAAUUCUUGAUUUAAAAACAAAAACACAAAAAACACCUUGCAGAACAGGCUAUUUUCUCUAUGAAAGUUCCAUGAUCAGUCUUAAACAUCCUGUAAAUUCAGUUUGUUGCAAGUACCAACAAUCAGAUCAAUACACAAGCCAUGACAGCAAUCUAGGAUUACAAAAACAACAAGCAAUUGGACUUGGAAAACUUUAUUUUUUCCCUAUUUUGUGCGUAAUGGUACUUCAGGAGUUCUUAAACAAUAUUAAAGGAAACAACACAGCCAGCAGCUUGCAAAACAUAGAAGGAACUGUCAUCCUAUUCACCAAAAGCAGAGUACAUAAGGAAUAAAGCUUGUUGUCCCUCUACCACCAUGGCAUUAGGUGGUAUAAAAUAGCUGAGAUGCUUACUAUAUAGAGCAAUGCUAGAAGACAGACAUUACCCAAACUAGUUUCAAGUCUGAAACAACCAGCCUAAAUAGUCUCACUGAGAAGUAACUAAGAGGAGUAAUACCUAUUAACACAAUAAAGCUUUAAGAAGUCUGGUUCUGGCACUAGGUAUAAUCCCAUGCUAUAGCCACGACUUGUAAAAAUGUGCAUUUCCUUGUAGGAUAUGCUAAUGGAAAGCAUACCCUAAGACAUGUCGGUCAGAGUGACUCAUGAGGAACUGUAUGUGAUGAAGGAGGGAAGGAAAAAAAGGUGCUUUUAUGCUUACUGGACUUAGUAAGCAGUAAGAAAAAAAGAAUUUGAGAUUCCCUCCAAUAGGGAUGAAAUGUAUUUCUGAAAUGUAGGUACCAGAGCCAAGCCUUUAACUCUGUCUUAAUCCCUUUAGGACCAGUCCCUUACAUUCCGAGUUUAUAGACUAAAAUUACUAGUCAGUGCAAUGAGAUACACUGCAUAAAAACAAAGUACAACACAAAAAA